AUGGAUGCUGAUGCCGAGGAGGGCAUGGAUAUUGAGCAGUGGAUAGGCUAUAUUGCUGAUUUACAGGCCGCCCAUUCAUCCCAUGUUGCUGGCAUGUUUUUAGGGUUUAGCGCCCUGGGCCACCCAUCCAUAUUAGGCAAGCGCAAAUGGGCCCCGUGGGAGGAUGAGGCCAAGGUCAGCCGCAUGGAAUGCUGCCACCAGCUGGCCACCAUGGAUCUGGAGGCAGCCGCGCAGCGCAUGACUGGGCGGCCCAACAUGCGGUUCCGGGGGGUGCAGGACCCGGCGAUGCGGGCCAUCCAGUGGGGUGAGAGCCCCGUGGUGGCAGUGAUGCCCACCGGUGGGGGGAAGAGCAUGCUGUUCAUGGUGCCUGUGUUCGCUGCCCCCGGGGGCACCACCAUCGUUGUGGAGCUCGGCAUAUCAUGCGUGCCAUGGGAGAGCCGGCGGCCCCCCAAUGCCGCAUCCAUCGUGUUGGUGACGCCCGAGUCCGCGGUGAGCCCUGAUUUCCAGACAUUUUUGAACUGGCUGCGGUGGACCCGGCGGUUGGACCGGAUCCUGGGCCGGUUAGUCCAGGCCCGCACCCAGAUGCAGAUAAAGCAUGACCAGGCCGCCGUGACUAUAUACUGGGCCCGGACCAGCCAGCCGAAUGUGGCAUACCGGGUGUGGCGGCUGGACAUGACUGGGGUGGGCUGGGGCCCAUAUCAGUGGAUCGAGAGCGAGGCAGUGGUGGCAUUCAUUCAGGACCGCAUCCAACAGGCUGCUGGGGGGAAGGUGAUCAUAUAUGUGAAUAUCAUUAGGCAGGUGAUAGCCAUGGCGCGGGUGCUUGGGUGUGAGGCGUAUUACAGUGAGCAGUUGGACAAGGCCAGGGUGCUGGCGCGGUUUAUGGGGGCCAGCCCAGUGAUUGCCACCACCAGCGCGUUGGGUAUGGGGGUGGACAUCCCCAAUAUCUGCAGCAUCAUCUAUAUUGGGACCCCCCGGACAUUACUGGAUUACGCGCAGGAGAGUGGCUGGGCUGGGUGA